AUGUCAAAAAUACAUGUCAUUCAUAUCAUUUUAUUUUGUGAAAUCAUAAAAUCGAGUUGAUUUUGUGAAAAUACACGGUCGUGGUUGCUUUCAGUUACGGACAUGAGCGCGUAUCCGACGCGGACCAUUGUGUUUUACGUAUAGGUUUUAAGUGUUUCUCAAAAGUUAGUCGUAGACUAAUAUGAAUUUUCCCACUGUUUAAAAAAUAUAUCCAGGAUUUUCCGCAGAUUUCCACAGUCGGAUCGGGAAAGCGUAUUAGUGUUUUACUAGCUGUGUAAUGAACGUAAAGUGGUAGUUUCUUCCAAUACAGUGGCCAGUGCUCACAUAUUUCUAUUUCGGACAUCAAAGUAGGGUCUAAAUUUACUUUUAAAGGUGAUGUGAUAUACCUAUUGCUUUGGGAGAUACGCAGAAAAUUGCAUAAAUAAUGGAUUCAGCCAUUGUGAAGAAGCACAGAAUAAAGUGACGACAAAAAUUUUGAAAAUUUCAAAAACCCAGAAAACGCAACAAUGCUAUCCAAAAACAGCCGUCCAAAGCAUAACACUGUUCGCAAUAACACUACAAAGAACCUUAAAAUUAAAAAGAAAAACGAGCUUACCUAUAAAAUACCCAAUCUGUUCAAAGUGGGAGUUCUGAAGCUUUAACUUCUAGAAGAUUCUAAUAUUUGCCUUCUCUAGUUCUUCAUUGGUCCAAUUUUUUCGUUGUACAUAAAUUAUAUGUCGAUGUUAGUGGUAGAUAUAGUAUAUAUAGACAUAAGACGAUUGACUUGUAUGUUUCUACUGUGAAAUUUUACGAGUGGCGGUGUGAUGGAGCAACCCGAGGUGGUAAAGAACUCUCCGGCCGAAGACGCCGGACUCAGUAGAAAUAGAAGUUUCAAAUCAAAGCAGCUCGUGCGUAGCCAAGCGAUCCGCGAGUCGACAUCGCCGCCCCGCACCGUCUCACCGUACGCGACCAUAGACGCGACAAAAGAGCCAGGACCGGACCCAGUCGCCGGCGACAGGCCCGACACCAGCGACUCCAGUCGCAGCGACCGGUGCAGCGUCGUCACCAACGAGCGAUGCGACAGGAAGCCUGUCGAGAUACAGAUAACCAGGGGCAGUUGGGAGGCUGAGGCGCAGUCGGAGCAGCGACUGCGCACGCGGCGCUGGCUGGGGCAGCGGCCGCACUCGGACUCGUCGCGCGACCUGCUGUCCUACAACCCGCGCGUCGCGUGCGUGUGCGGCGCGUGCGCGUGCCCGCACUGCAGAGGCCGUCGCAGGAAACACCUGUGCCCCACGAAGCAGGACUCGGGCAUCGUAUGCUCCGACGACUGCCCCGAUUGUACGGACUCUGAACACGCUGGUCCUAAUGGGGAUGGUGCUAGGAAAUCUGGCAGUUUCGAUGCGGACGAACAAACAUUUUACUGCAGGUGCCCAGAACGUAAAGAUCCGCCUAAAAAUUUAUCGCUGGGAGCUUACGAUCAAGAGGAGCCCACUGGUUCCGAGCUAGUGAAGUUCCUGAAAGAAACACUGAACAAGAAUCCUAAAGACAGGAUCACACUGUUGAGGAUCGAGAAAGAAUUGCACUCUCUUGUCAAUGACGCCGGACGAUGCAUAGUGCGGUUCCCAGUGAUGACGUCAUACGGACGCAUGCUGGUGCACCGCUGCGCCGCGCUGUUCCAGCUCGCGCACCACCCGGACCACUCCAACAAGAACUCCGUACUCGUGUCCAAGAGCGGCACAAGCGGCGGCCGCAUCCCGUGCACCAGCUUCCACGAGUGGUGCACCUACAACUUCCCGCGGUCCCCGCCGCGGAGGCACGAAGACACGCACACCAAGUCAAUACUGAAGCGGUGUGAAGGCGGCACAGGUUCCGUACCGACCGUGUCAGGUGGCCGCAGCAAAUCUCUGGAGCAGCGCGAGCGGGAGUACGAAAGAGUGAGACGCAGGAUAUUCAGUACGGAUAACUGUACGCAAGACGAGUCUCAGUGGCCGUGGCUGGCGGCCGGACCGGUGAAGCUGCUCACUCCAGACAACGGAAGGAAUAAACUGUUAAAAGUGCAGUCGCUGGAGUCGCGCGGGGGUACGGAGGGCGCGGGGGUGGCGCGCGGGCCGGUGUCCAAGAGCCACAGCUUCGGCGGGUACACCGCCGAGCCGCAGCCGCAGCAGAGGAUGCUCAGCAAGCAAGGUGACCAAGCGUUGAGCAGUUGGCGACUGUCGCCCUCCAGCUCUGGAUACAAGACCCUCAGCCUGCGCAGCACGGACUCCGUAACUCCCUCGCCCUCGCCCACAGGUCGUAUGUGUGACCCAGGUGGCACGAGCCCGGAGCCGGGCAUCGAAGCGACGACCCUCGUGUGGGCGGUCACCAACAUGUCCGCCGUGCCGCCGGGCGCGCUCGUCAUACAUCCGCAGACAUGUCGACCGCUAACCAACCCGGACGGCAGCGUGUACCACUUCGACCCGAACAACCCGCCCCUGUUGUACAACACAACCUAUGUACCUAAUGACGAAAAGGCCGAUUUAAACAACGAAGCGCGGAGGGGGAAGUUGGAAAAACAAAACUCCUUCAUAGACAACGAAUGCGAGUGUCAGCCGACGGAGGAGUGUCGCAUCAAGUGUUGCUGCGAGUGUCGGAGACGGGAGUGCUGCCAGAAGACCAUAGACAAGGGCUCACCGCAAAAACCAAAAUCAACAUCAAACCCAUCGACCCCGGUGAAAACCCACAACGAAGUACAAAUACCUACCACGCCGGAACCGAAACCCGAUACGCCACAAAACCAAACCACAGAACAGAUAACUGAACCGCAAACCACUCAACUGAUCGAAACGAAUCACCAAAACCAACAACCAAUAGAAAACCAGAACGAUUAUGACGCACCAAAUUCAACCAAUGAAUCUCCUUCGAAUCUAAGGCCGUUGGAACCGGCCAAUCAGGGGCCAGUAUAUGAACAGAGGGUCUACGAUUCCAACAAUCAGAGGGCUUUCGAAAAUAGAUACGAAGUUCCGAAUCAGACGGUAGUCGUGAAAAUGCCUGAAGAAGCAUUUCAAGAAAACUACGUGCAGGGAUAUAGAAAUGAAGACAUAAUAUCUCCACAAUCGAUGAUCUACCCGCAACCGGACUUAGCGGAGAUGCAAAACAUGAUCCAGGCGAAGGUUACACCGAUACCUGUGCCCGAUCCAAAUAUGAGGCCAAUGUCGCUGACGAACGUGGUGUACCCGACGUCUAUACCGCCCCCCAACGUCUACCCGUACGUCAACCCCUGCAGAAUGGGACAAUCUCUUCAACCUGCGCCGAUAUACCAGCCCAUGAUGCAGCAGCCGGAAGAGCAGAAGCAAGUCGCAUCGUCGCCGCAUAACGACAACACCUUCAGAAUUGACCCAAGCUACCCCUAUGCGGCAGAUUUCAGCGCCGCGUGCGGUGCAUGCGACUCUGUUACUAUACCACAGCCGCGAGGUUACAAUGUACCAUACGGGCAAGUGGAGGUCCAGCCGGGCAUGCAACCCUACGCCGUACCCAAUGUGCUGAUACAGCCACAAAUGCAGCAUUAUCAGUACCAGGAACAGGUGCCCAUCCAAUGGCAGAGCGUCCAGCCGCCCGGCAUCAGCUCGCCCGCGGCGCCCAAAGUCAUGCUGCAUGAUGUGUACCCCGUGGUGUACCCCAACGUGUACCAGCCUUACAACAUCGUGUACCCUCAGGUUCUACCACAAGCGUACCCAAUAGUCCAGCAAAUGUACCCAAUAGUGGAGAAGCAACACGAGAUGAGAAGGAACAGUUUCCACCGCCCAAAGCGAGACCCUGCGCGCGCGACCCCCCAGACCCCCUCCGAUGACGACACCAAGAAAGAUGAGCGACAGAGCGAUAUAGCGAUGAAGAUACAACAGAUCAAAGACCAGAUGUCGCAGAUGAAUACGAAGGAGAGAGGGAGGAAUGAGUGGAGAAGGAGGAAUAGCGGGAGUGGGAUUUUGGGGAGUUAUCCUGUCAAUUUCAAUGGAAGAGUUGUAGGGCCGCACGAGGAGGUGGCGAUGAGUCCGGCCGCGCGCGCCAUCGUGCACUCUAUACGCAGCAUCAACCCCAAGGGGAACUAUUACCAACACGAGGGGCGGCGGUUCGAGCCGCGCGGCGAGCGGCACGAGUUCCGGCGCGUGCGACCGUUCGCGCCGCACGCGCACGCGCACGCACCGCGCGACGACGACGAGCGCCGCGAGCGCCGCCCGCACCCGCACCCGCAGACGCUCUACCGCCCGCCGUACAUCUUCAGACAGAUGUCGCCUGGCGCGUGGUGCAGACGGUCCCCCGGCCCCGUGCCCCCCGCGUUCAACCAGCCCCGCCGGCCGUACCCCGACGCGCGCAACAUGCGGCGCUGAGUGCCCCCUAGUGAUACACUUUACAGACAUAUCCCAACACCUAGCGAUUGUUUCUGUUGGAAAAUAUAUCCCAUAUAACAUCACGGUAAUUGCAGUAGUAGGCCGCUUUUGUAAACAGUUUUUAAACUGAAUUAUGGAAAUAUUAUAAGCUAUAUUUUAUUUUGUCCCGUCAAUAAUAAAUAACCAGUAAAAAAUUUAAUAUUAAUUAAAAAAUAUCUACGUAAAAUUUUUGCCGCUGAAACACAACACAUUAGCAAGUGACAUCAUUCAUAGAGGUAACAGCGUGAUUGGCGUUUGCAGUGAUGUGAUAUAUCACGACACCGCAAGCGCCAAUCACAAACCGAUGUCUUGUAGCGAAUGACGUUACAGUUUGUGAUUGGCGUUUGCGGUGACGUGAUAAAAAUACAAUUUUGUUUUAUAAAAAUAUUACAAUUACAAGAUUAUUUUCACAAAUAAAAAUGUGAUUAGAGUUUCUAGGCAUCUAAACUGUCUCUAUGCAAAAAAUCUUCUAAGUUUUGUACAGCAGGCGAGUAGCCUAUUGCACUGAGAUAGCUGAUUUAUUUCAUAUAUUUACUAAAUAGACGGCCUCCGUGGCGCAGUGGUAAGCGCGGUGGAUUUCAAGACGGAGGUCCCGGGUUCCAAUCCCGGCUGGGCCGAUUGAGGUUUUCUUAAUUGGUCUAGGUGGCUGGUGGGAGGCUUCGCUACUACUGGUUAGUGACUACGCUAACUGUAAAGACGUACCGCCAAGCGAUUUAGCGUUCCGGUACUGUCGAGUAGAAACCAAAAAUUUUUCACCGUACUCCUAACAAGUUAGUCCAGUUCAUCGCUUAUCAUAAUUUUUUACUAAAAAAUGUAAAAUAAUUAUUUUAUAAUUAAAAUAGAGCUAUUUAGCUCCGCUAAAAUCUCAAACCUCAAUAAGGUAGCAUUGUUGCUACAAUUUAUCACGGAAAAUAACAAAAUAAAUAAAUUAUUUAUUGAUUUUAAUUUAAUAAUUAAAGUAGCAAUUUAAAAAGAAAAAUGGUUUUGCCAACAAUGUUUUUCAAAAUACCUUCAGUUUUUCGUACCAUUAUAUAGUAAAGAUGCUAUCAUCAAGAUUGAAGUAAAUGAUAAUAUGGGAAAUAUUUUCUAACAAAAAUAAUCUUGUUUUUUUUUAUUAACCAUAAUGAAUCGGGACAUGCCAUACACACAUGAAAGCGCACAAUCCGAAAAAACGAACUUUAAUAAACUGCGCUAAACUAUUUGGUGAUGUUUAGGUUGUUUAAAAAUUAACCCUGUAAUGUUGGGUUAAAUUGCAAAAAUACUAGGAGGGGAUGUUAAAUUUGCAGUUACUAAAGCGUCACGUGGACCGAUUGCAUUUGGUAGAUUAAAUGAUUGGUUAUUUAAUUUUUUCGCUUUUAGCGGUGGAAAAAGAAACUACAGACUUUAAAAGCAAUUUUUGUUUACUGAAAUUGUCAGAAAAUUUUAGCAAUUAUUGAGAUUAUUUCCUUCAAAAUAAGUAAAAAAAUAAGUCGAGAACUAAAAUAUAAGGGUUUUAUUUUGUAACUUUGUACCCACCAAUGUUAAGGGCUCAUACUUGGUGGAGAUACUCAACAACGUGCAAGGUAUAGUCCCUUAUGUUUAUCUCGCCUACUAUACUGUUAUUUGAGCUUGUGCCACCAGGCAAUAUUAAUUUAUAUAAUAAAAAAAAUUAUUUAUUACCUAAUUCUACCAAUUUGCUUAGCGCAGUUUUAUUAAAAAAAAUACCAUUAAAAUAACAGUGACUAAAAAUAAUGCUUAAAACCAAAAUAAAGGUUUGAACUGACGGACCGUUUUGAAAGCGUGCGUUUGCUGUCUACUACUAUAUCAAAUAUUAAAUCCGAUUCUAUAUAGCGAGCAACAAAAAUAUUUUAUUCCAAGUUUGUAAUUAAAUACAUACUUUUUAAAUGAAAGUUAUGGUUAUAUUAAAAGCCUAAAUAAUUAAAUAUUUUUAUUAGCUGAUGCUUGGUACUUCGAAAACACGAUUAAAAUAAAAAUAUUAUGAGAAAUAGAAACCGACUCAUAAUUUGUAAUUUGUAACAGUUCGUUUCAUGUAGGAUGGUACGGGUGACAGUUCGUUUCACUCUUAAAACUUUGCCGCGAUUCACAAUAAUAUUACGUUAUGAAUAACACACUAAAGAUUAUAUUAUAAACGUCAUACAGGCGACUGUCACCGUACCCAUGCUAUCUGAAAAACACUUUCGUAUAGUAACUUCAAUAUUACCGCCGCGUUUAGAACGCUCCGUCUGAUCAAAGCCUUAACUGAAACGAGUUUAGAUGCAGCACAUAGAUCUCAUGUUGGAAGCAAACUAGUCAUUUUAUAUAAUUAAACUUUUAAGUUGAACUCUUUCUCGUUUAGUUUUACAUACAAGACAGUUUCAAAGUUUUGAUGCAUACCCAGAUAAAUUGCACUACUGGAUAGCUACAUACAUGAUGAUAAAAUGUAUAAUUAAAUAAAUUAUACAUUAUUAUUUACGAUAUGCUGCUAAAGUAUUGCUCGUCGUGUGUUUACAAAGCAAGCAUAGGAUUCUUAAGAUUGAACCAAUGGCGAAGAAAGUGAUACAAUCUUGAGAGUAGAAAAUGCAACGGGACAAUUUAUUGUAAUAGUUACUUGAAAAUAACAAGGUUUAUCGCACUACGGCAAGGAAAAUUAAAAGAAAGUGCUAUCAAUCAACCUCAACGGUUGUUGAAAAAAAUAAUAUUACAAAUAUUAUUUGUUGUUGUAGACAACAAUAUAACAAUAAUUGUUUUAAAAUCGUAUACACAAAACUUAGAAACCGCCUUUAAGUAUACACAUACUUACAAAUAUACAUAUUAUAAUAUAAUACAUAAUAAUUUUAGGAACAUUUUAAGAUUUGUUUUUUUAGGUUAUUAUAGUUAUUUAUCUCCAUUAAAUAAUACCUACCACGAUUUGUGUAACGAAAAUACAUUAUUUAUGUGUGUUCCAAAUUUUAAUUAGAAAUAACUAAUUGUAAUAUUCGUUCAGCGUUCAAAACAAGGACAUUUUGUGGCUAAGUUAGUGUUGAAAGUCAAAAUUACUUGUGACACUAGGCCAAUGCAUUGGGCUAAGCAAUGAGGGCCUGUAGCCACGUAGAUGCUCUUUCUACAUUCGCGAACGCUUCGAAAAUUACAAAAUGUAUGGAUACAUUUGUUAGCGACAAUUCACGCGAUCUAGUUGUCGAUCGGAUCUGUCAUUUUUAGUUAUCGAAGCGUUAGCAUUUGUCGAAAGAGAAACGAUGUAUGAAAUGGCUACAAGCGACAAGCGUUGACGCCUAACACUAAAAGCAUACAUUAUCAUAAUUAUGGCCAAUUCGAUGUAAUAUCAAUUUACUGGCCCAACAUGUAUAACAUGCGAGUAAUAAAUAGCUCUUCGCUAUCAAGUAAAUAUUUUUUUUACGAGUAGGUAUAUGUGUAUCUAUAUUAUUUUUCUGUUAAAUAUUCCAUUAUUGAAUCCUCGAAUAAAUAAAAAUUAAAGUUUCACUAUAAAAAAAAAUAAAAGACGUAGAAAAAUCCCAUUUACGCCAAUAUCUUCAAAACCAACAAUAUUUUAUUAACCUACAAAAUUUCACAUUCUUAAGCAUCAUAUCGACUUUUUAAUUUUUUAUUCUCUAUAUAAAUGCCAUUUAUCUGUGAAACCUUAAUUCUUUCAAGAAAAUGUGAUUUAAAAUAACUUAAACUAAACUAAAUAGUUUAGCAAUACAAAUAACUAAUUAACAGUUGUGAUGUAGUGAUUGUUUUAAAUUUCUGAUGGUGUAUAUCUGAAUUCUGUUUCUAUUAAUUAUUAACUUUACGAAAAUUCAUUCUAUUUUUCAUAAAUAUUUUCUAUUCGUUCCAACCAACCAGAUUAUUGUUAAAUAACGGAUUAUAAUAAUCUGAUCUGUUUGAUGGAUCAACUCGGUGUUUCGUUAUCAAGAUUUCUGUAUCGAUAUCCUUUAACGUUGUUUUUAUAGCUCGUUUUCAAAUUCGUCUCUAUUUCUCUCUGUCUAACACUAUACUGUAGACAGAGUGACAACUUUUUUCUUUUUUACAUGAUAACGUCGUAUAACUUAAUGAAAACACACGAAAAAGUGUCCCGUUCCACCAUUCGCUUAAGUUAAUGGGUUGGUUUUCCUGUUUAUAUUAAGAGUAAGUUAUAUUUUUGUCGAUAGAUAGCGCCAGCGAGGUUAUUGCGUAUGGAAUACUUUAACAUCUCAUAUUUGUAUAUAACGCCAUCUAGCGGGACUAUUAGAGUUUACAAAACAGCACCAAAAAAACGUGGAACAGUUUAGUUUAGUAAUAUGAUACUAGAUGGCGCAAACAUUAAAUUGUUUGCAAUGGUGGGCAACUAUUUUUUUGACGUUAAGACGGCCUCCGUGGCGCAGCGGUACGCGCAGUGUAUUUACAAGACGGAGGUCCUGGGUUUGAUCCCCAGUUGGGCCGAUUGAGGUUUUCUACAACCCACCGGCAUCACACUACCAUCUAUCUAUCCUGUGUUAGACAGAGAUAGAUGGAGACAAAUUGGAGAAUGUUGAGCUACAAAAAGAUAGUUACAGUAUACCGCCUCUGUUGUAUUUCCCCUCUCAUAGAUAUAAACUCCCCGCUUUCACUCAUUUAUUCCAAAAAGUAGCCACAGUGUAGCAGAAGCGAAUAAAAUUAACUAGAUUUUAUUAAAUAAUUAAUUAAUUAAUUAAUCAUAAGGUAUUUAUUAUAGUUCAUAGAGAAAACUUGCAAGUUGCAGACGCUUUAUUAAAAUUAAUUUAAUUAAGAUUGUCGUCAGCUUUUCUAUGUGGUUAUUUUUUUUUAAUUAUCUAUCGUUGUUCACAGAGAUCAGUGAGUUGCAACAUAUAUUUUGUUGUUAUUAAUUUCUUGUUAAAGAAAUAUAAAGACAAUGUUUACUUUAAUUCCUUUAAAUUGUUCUCAUACGAUCUUACUUUAAUAGUUAUUGGUUGAUAUUGCGGCGAAUAUCAAUCUUUACAACAAUACACGCCAAACUUUCGAGUCCGCUCUGAACAUGAGGCGUAUGGCUGCUCAGUGUACAAACAACAAACGUUUCUGACACCUGUCAAUGUGAUCUUUUUAAUUAAUUGUUUAUUAUUUUAGAGCAAAACUAAUACGUUUAUUGUAAGUUGGCUUAAUUAUUCAUUUUUUAUUUUAUUACUCGUUAUUAUGGUUAAUAAAAGAUAUUUCAAUAUCUCACUGACAUUGACAUUGUCGCAAUCUCUGAGCGGCUGGACUUUAGUGGGGCUAUAACUACACACUUCAAUAUGUUUCACCGUCAGUGAUGACUACAAGUUUGGCGCUAAACAGUACUCAAUAAAAAUGUACAAUGCUAUACAUUUUAGUAAAAGUACAAUAAAAUUAUUUAGUUGUCCCUCGGCUACACUGAUUUCAAAAUGUAAUGAUUGAUUUAAUUGGAUUCUAAAGAUUUGUUGUGUACUCGUACAAUAGUCUAUUUCUACCUAGACCCUAGUAAUAUGACCGUUGUAAACAAACGAUAAAUCUAUAAAGUAUGAUGAUAUGCUCACGAAUGAAUUGCUUUUUUUUUCUUCUGCCACGGCGGCCAAUCUUUUGCUGAGAUUAACCAUUGUUCUUGUUUUUUUUUUUACAAAUUACCUCUUUAUAUUAACGAUUCUCGUUUGAAAUUAUUGUUUUUGCAGUACAAUUUUGUACAUAUUAUUUUACGACAAUAGAUUAUACUGUAAAUAAAAAUAACUGGUGUCAUAUAUUAAUAAUAAAGAAAAUUUAUUUAAAGUGAUUAUUCAAUAUAGAAAAAAUACUCUGGUAUUUGGCAACCUAAAAUAAUUUAAUAACCAAUUACAACAAUACGGAAAUAACGCCAAUUUUAAUCAACAAAAAAAGAAUGGCGUAGUUUGUAUGUAAGCUUGCUUAAACACCGUGCAAGUACUUAGUCACAUACAAGAAACCCGUUAACAAUAUUAAAAAUGACCUCAAGCUAAUUCACACGCUAGCGAAAAAAAUUUUUUUUUGCAGUUUUAACUAUACUAAAUCCUAUAUAUUUCUUUGUACAUGUACAGUAUCUCUUUUCUGUAAGGCUACAUGUCAUUAUUUCCUAGUGCAGUUAUUUUCGACAAAAUUUUUGUUGAUUUCUAAGACAACCUUUUUAUUUUCAAACUUUAAAAAUAUAAUUUAGCGAUAAGGUUGCAAAAUGCCGGCGUAAUUUUUCUAUGGCCAUUUGAUAAAAUGGAUAUUUCUUAAAAGAGUUAGGUUUACGAAUUACAUAAAGUGGUCUACAAUUUUAGUUAACAAAGGUUGUAUAUCAAUAAACUUGUUCAUGCUAAAGUAGUCUCUAUGACAUUCAAAAUAAGGUUAAAGUCGAUUAAGGAGUAGGCGCUUAGGCGCCGCUCGAAGCUCGUGUGCAAGUGACCGUGACGUAAGCGGCGGCGCCGAAGCGUCGCGUCAGAAAUCAAGAACAGUCUGCACAGUUUUAACUGUACUGUUAAAAUUGACGGACACUACACACGGAAAUUUUAACGGAACAGUAAGAGCUGAUUUAAAAAAAGACAAAACCUUGUCGGACACUUUUCAGGAUACUGAAACUCUUACCGUUGAGCUAUUGAGACUAAUUUGAAGAUUGUAGACCACUUUAACAUUGUUGUGAUUAGAAAAACUCAGUGCAUAUAUGUCUCGGUGUUAGAUGUUACAUCGAAUCUAGCUAACUUUGCGUGUACAAUGUAACCUUGAGUGUCGACAGAAUAAUUAUAAAUUUAAAGUAUAACUAUGUACAUUUUAUAAAUAUGUAGUAUGUGCUUCGAUGUCAAUAUGAAGGAUCAUUUCGUAGUUAAGUUAGUUCGUAUAUAACUACGAAAUGACUAGUCAUGUUUAGUUUAUUUCAAGUAUGCUUAAUUAAUUAUACUAUCCGCAAUGACUACCACCGGUUCGGAAUCUCAACAGACGUAUUUUUUUUCUUAAAAAAAAAAAAGAUUUUUGAUCUGUGAUCGAUUUUAAUUAUUUUAUCUAAAGUCGCGCUUGAGUUGAGUUGAUUCUCACUUGAAGUUUAUGACGAUAUAUGUAAUUAUUGGAAUUUAUUAUAUUACAGCAACGCUUUCGCUGGUAGGAUGUCAACUAUACUCCGCGCCACGAAAAAAGUCCCUUAGACCGUCUUAAUAGCGCUAAUUAUCAUUAGGUACAUAAUGGCGUCUUAAUGGUCUUAUCAUAAACUAGCUGACACCGCGAAGUUUCACCCGCGUGGUUCCCGUUCCCGUAGGAAUACGGGGAUAAUAUAUAGUAUAUAGCCAUCCUCGAUAAAUGGGCUAUCUAACACUGAAAGAAUUAAUCGGACCAGUACUUCCUGAGGUUAACAAUCAAUCAAACAAACAAAAUCUUCAGCUUUUAAAUAUUAGUAUAGAUUGUGUAAGGCGCUGUCAAUUUUUGUUUUUUUGUCAGGUUUUAGCCGCGGGACUUCUUUCGUGGCGCGGAGUCUAGCGACGCCCGAAACUUACAACUUUGACUUUCUAAAAAUUGCUAAAGCAAGCCUAUUUUAAUAAAACUUUUUCAAAAACUCGUUGACCCGAAAGUUACUUACAUUGAAACAAAGUUACCUCGAUUUACAACCGGCACCAAUAAGUUAUCUGUGAGUGAACUGUCGAAAAGUUUCUAAAACAACAGAAUAUGUUACGGCAUAACAUUGUUGCUAAGCAGCUUAGCUAUAACUCGUGCGAAUUAACUUGACACCUGGCUACACACCAAAUUAACAUUACAAACAUCAUUCGAGCCGGGUGUCAAGUUAUUCCGCACGAGCUAUACAUAUUACAGAUAGGUUAUAGGACGGCCGUUAGGUGGUUACCGCUGUUUUUUUUUUAUUUGCUCUGCGCGCUGGCCUACUUCUUGGAACUGUUAACUGUCGCUGUCAUUCUGACAGCUGACAGCUGUCAAAGGCAAUGUCCCGUAUGCCUAGUUCGGACUACUUUAGUAUUUUGGUCGAGUACGAACAAUUUUUGGAUUUACCGCCCAAAAAUCGUUCGUACUCUACUAAAAUACUAAAGUUGUCCGAACUAGGCCGUAGAGUGUAUUUAUAUGGAGAUUUUAUUGUAACAUGUAGAGUAUAUAAUUGUUAAUAUUAAAGAUUUUAGCAUAUAUACAA